GAGAAGCCAGAUGGGAAAGGUACGCACCGGAAGGCACGCUCGCAGGUGCAUGAGCUGGGGAGGCAGGGUCCCAGCACGGGCCCUUCUGUGUCUGCCGUCUCCUGGCUUUUGCUUCCCGAGUGAAGGAAGAAGUAGGAGCUACAGGUGUCACAUCGUGAGAAAAAAGACCUGAGCUUGUUCAGGAGCUGCAAGCGGUCCAAGAAGUCUCAAGUUCAAGUGAUGGCCAGAGCAGUAAGAGAUAGAGGCUGAACCAAGAAGGCCUGAUAUAUUCUGGGUAAUGAUUUUUAGGUGAAGCCUCUCUACCUAACGAAGAUUUGAGGCAAUACAUAUCAAACCAUGCCCUGAAAAGCAUUUGUACUUUAUUUGCAUUUUUCUUAAGAAAGGUCUUUUCAAAAAAUUUAUUUUUUGAGAGAGAGAGAGAGAGAGAGAGAGAGAGAACGAGCAUGGGAGAGGCAGAGAGAGAGGGAGAGACAGAAUCCCAAGCCAACACUGUGUGAUCAGCAUGGACCCCAACUCAGGGCUUGAUCUCAAGACCGUGGGAUCAUGACCUGAGCUGAAAUCGAGAGUCAGAUGCUUACCCGACUGAGCCACCCGGGCGCCCCUCUUAAGAAAUCGUCUUCACAGAGACCUGUUCGUCCUUCUUCGGGCUACAAGAAGGCGGAGGAUGAGAUGUCCCGGGCCACGUCUGUUGGAGACCAGCUGGAUGCACCAGCCCGCACCAUUUACCUCAACCAGCCGCAUCUCAACAAAUUCCGUGACAACCAGAUCAGUACGGCCAAGUACAGCGUGUUGACGUUUCUACCUCGAUUCUUGUAUGAGCAGAUUAGAAGAGCUGCUAACGCCUUCUUCCUCUUCAUUGCCUUAUUACAGCAAAUUCCAGAUGUAUCUCCAACAGGAAGAUAUACCACCCUGGUGCCAUUGAUCAUUAUUUUAACAAUCGCAGGCAUCAAAGAGAUUGUAGAAGAUUUUAAGCGGCAUAAGGCAGACAAUGCAGUUAACAAAAAGAAAACGAUAGUGUUAAGGAAUGGUGUGUGGCAUACCGUUAUGUGGAAAGAGGUGGCGGUGGGAGACAUCGUGAAGGUCGGCGAUGGGCAGUGUCUUCCAGCAGACAUGGUCCUGCUAUCCUCCAGUGAACCUCAGGCGAUGUGUUACGUUGAAACAGCUAAUCUGGAUGGGGAGACGAACCUUAAAAUUCGUCAGGGUUUGAGUCACACUGCUGACAUGCAAACAAGGGAAGUAUUGAUGAAGUUAUCUGGAACCAUAGAAUGUGAGGGACCCAAUCGCCACCUCUAUGACUUCACUGGAAACUUGCACGUAGAUGGGAAAAGCCCUGUUCCCCUUGGGCCCGACCAGAUCUUAUUAAGAGGUACACAGCUUAGAAACACUCAGUGGGUCUUUGGCAUAGUUGUUUAUACUGGACACGACACCAAACUCAUGCAGAAUUCCACAAAAGCACCUCUCAAAAGAUCGAAUGUUGAGAAAGUGACCAAUGUGCAGAUCCUGGUGUUGUUUGGCAUCCUCUUGGUCAUGGCCUUGGUGAGCUCGGUGGGGGCCCUGUACUGGAAUGGGUCUCAAGGUGGAAAGAACUGGUACAUCAAGAAGAUGGACACGACCUCGGAUAAUUUCGGCUAUAACCUGUUGACGUUCAUCAUCUUGUACAACAAUCUGAUUCCCAUCAGUCUGUUGGUGACUCUUGAGGUUGUGAAAUACACUCAAGCCCUUUUUAUAAACUGGGACACAGAUAUGUAUUAUCUAGGAAAUGACACCCCUGCGAUGGCCAGGACCUCAAACCUCAAUGAAGAGCUGGGGCAGGUGAAAUACCUAUUUUCUGAUAAAACUGGAACUCUUACAUGCAAUAUCAUGAACUUCAAGAAGUGCAGCAUUGCUGGGGUAACCUAUGGUCAUUUUCCGGAAUUGACAAGAGAACCAUCCUCAGAUGAUUUUUGCCGGAUACCUCCUCCCCCUAGUGACUCAUGUGACUUUGAUGAUCCUAGGCUCUUGAAGAACAUUGAAGAUCAUCAUCCCACAGCUCCGUGCAUACAGGAGUUCCUCACCCUUCUGGCCGUGUGCCACACCGUCGUCCCUGAGAAGGAUGGAGAUAACAUCAUCUACCAGGCUUCCUCCCCAGAUGAAGCCGCUUUGGUGAAGGGAGCUAGGAAGCUGGGUUUUGUCUUCACCGCCAGAACGCCCUACUCGGUCAUCAUAGAAGCCAUGGGACAGGAACAGACAUUUGGAAUCCUUAACGUCCUGGAAUUUUCUAGCGACAGAAAAAGAAUGUCUGUGAUUGUUCGAACUCCUUCAGGCCAACUUCGACUCUACUGUAAGGGGGCUGAUAAUGUAAUUUUUGAGAGGCUUUCAAAAGACUCAAAAUACAUGGAAGAAACCCUGUGCCAUCUGGAAUAUUUUGCCACGGAAGGCUUGAGGACUCUCUGUGUGGCUUAUGCUGACCUCUCUGAGCAGGAGUAUGAGGAGUGGCUUAAAGUCUAUCAAGAAGCCAGCACCAUCUUGAAAGACAGAGCUCAGCGGUUGGAAGAGUGCUAUGAGAUCAUAGAGAAGAAUUUACUGUUACUUGGAGCCACGGCCAUAGAAGAUCGCCUUCAGGCAGGUGUUCCAGAAACCAUAGCGACUCUAUUGAAGGCAGAAAUUAAAAUAUGGGUGUUGACAGGAGACAAACAAGAAACCGCAAUUAAUAUAGGAUAUUCCUGCCGGUUGGUGUCACAGAAUAUGGCCCUUAUCCUAUUGAAGGAGGAUUCCCUGGAUGCAACAAGGGCAGCCAUUACGCAGCAUUGCACCGACCUUGGGAAUCUGUUGGGCAAGGAGAACGAUGUGGCCCUCAUCAUCGAUGGCCACACCCUGAAGUACGCACUGUCCUUUGAAGUCAGGAGAAGCUUCCUGGAUUUGGCGCUUUCGUGUAAGGCGGUCAUAUGCUGCAGGAUGUUCAAGGACCCCAGGGUGAGGAACAGAUUCAAAUGUGUUUACAACAGUGAAUGGGAGCUGCGUGUUACCUCUACGUCCGGAAGCUUGGCACGUCCUACAAAGAUAAAUCGCCUUUAUCAAAUCAACUCCAUGGGGAAAAAGAACACGAAUUCUGAGACUCUUCCAGUCAAUGAGAAAGCGUUGCCACGAAACAUAGUCGAUCUUUGGUUCGCCUUUGUUAAUGGAUUUUCUGGGCAGAUUUUAUUUGAACGCUGGUGCAUCGGCUUGUACAAUGUGAUUUUCACAGCGUUGCCACCCUUCACUCUGGGAAUCUUCGAGAGGUCUUGCACCCAGGAGAGCAUGCUCAGGUUCCCACAGCUCUACAAGAUCACCCAGAACGCGGAAGGCUUCAACACAAAGGUUUUCUGGGGUCACUGCAUCAACGCCUUGGUCCACUCCCUCAUCCUCUUCUGGUUUCCCAUGAAGGCACUGGAGCAUGAUACUCCGUUGGCCAGUGGCCAGGCCACAGACUAUUUAUUUGUUGGAAAUAUUGUUUACACGUAUGUUGUUGUCACUGUGUGUCUGAAAGCUGGUUUGGAGACCACAGCUUGGACUAAAUUCAGUCAUCUGGCUGUCUGGGGAAGCAUGCUGAUCUGGCUGGUGUUUUUUGGCGUCUACUCAACCAUCUGGCCCACCAUUCCCAUUGCUCCAGAUAUGAAAGGACAGGCAACCAUGGUCCUGAGCUCUGCACACUUCUGGUUGGGAUUAUUUCUGGUUCCCACGGCGUGUUUGAUCGAAGAUGUGGCGUGGAGAGCGGCCAAGCAUACCUGCAAGAAAACGUUGCUGGAGGAGGUGCAGGAGCUGGAAACGAAGGCCAGAGUGAUGGGGAAAGCGAUGCUUCGGGACAGUAACGGGAAGAGGAUGAAUGAACGUGACCGCCUACUGAGGAGGCUCAGCAGGAAGACGCCCCCCACACUCUUCCGAGGAGGCUCCCUCCAGCAGUGUGUCCCCCAUGGGUACGCCUUCUCGCAAGAGGAGCAUGGAGCUGUCACUCAGGAAGAAAUCGUCCGUGCUUACGACACCACCAAGAAGAAAUGCAGGAAGAAAUAAGACGUGAGUUGUCCCGAUGGGUCCCAGGAAAGAGACGUGGUUUGUCGCGCCCGGUGUGAUCCCAUCUCUGCCCGAAGAGACUGGCGUCGGCAGCCAGAACACCAUAAAACACAUUUCCGUGGCCUUAGCCAACCGGUUUGUUAGUCACGGCCCCUCGCAAACCUGCAGUAGAUCCCGCGGGGGAGGCCGUCUCUUCCCCUUCCCGUGUGUCCGCAGCGCUUGGCCCGACUUCCGUUCCCGUUGUUGCGAAGCAUUCAGCUGUGCUCUGUGAGCCGUGAAAUGGAAAACGUUACGUUUCAUGUAAACAUCAGUGCUAGCGGUCCUGGGAGAAAGGCAAGAGGGUGCCAUGCCCGGCUCGUGGAAUGGGAGCGGGGGCGCGCUCGCUUCCUGUCGCGGUAACUCACGGAAGCUGCAUUCGGGGCAGGCCGGCGUCUGGCUUUGAUUCCUCUUUGGUUUGUAUGACGUCGGCGUAAACUUCUCGACUGCGGUGAAAUCGCAAAAACGUCCAUCAGGGUGGUAAGCCUGAGGACGCCUACCGUAAUGCGCUCCACCGGCCCGGCAGGGCGGCCGGGUCGGCGUUCCAGGAUUCCCCUGCACCCUUCGCAGGUGCCCCCUGUGGCCCGGCGGGCUUCCCGUCUCCGACCUUCUGCAUGGCUGGCCGCGGUGCUCGGUGCAUGGCCGCUGGUGGGCAACCAACCGAAAUCCGCACUGUUUCUUGCUCUCGCACAGAUUCAGGUUACCGAUGCGAGAAAUCCCCUCUUCCACACCGCCCUUUCCCUCCCGUAACUCCAGAAAAGAAAACAUACCCCGCAUGUAUCCUGAGCGUCUGUCUGCCUCCUUCCGAGGACAGGGAAGCCUGCGGGGUCGGGGGUGGCAGAACGCCUCCGCCAGCCUGCUCCGGUGAGGCUCUCGGCGCUCACUCCCCAACCUCCAGGCCACUGGACCUUUGGCACCCAUUUAAGCCAGACCCACGCUUGUUCUCUUGGGAGUUGGGAGCACAUUUUGCGUUUUCGCUGCUGGGAAACCACUGAAUUUAUAGCGUGUCUCCCCGGAGAAGAGACGCCCCUGUCACUCUGCCACUCUGAAAUCGGAGAGAAUGAGGGAACCCAGUGGGAGAGUAAGGGACCCUGAGGCUGGUGGAGGAAGAAAGCCAUCAAAGGAGAAAGCAAGAGGCAAGGACACAGAGACGCGGGGAUGAGGGCGCGGGGGGACAUUUUAGCCCAGUCUCAGUGGAAACCGGAAUCAAGCCCGGAAGCCCAGGCGGCCGUGAUGAUCUGCCUCAUGCAUACAGGAGGCGAAACAAGACCUUGACAGGCAGUUUUCGUUGAAAAGAAUUCUACACGUUUCAAGGAAACGCCCUUUUCUAUAGGGAUGAGGGUUCCUUCCUUAUCGAGUCGGUGUGAUAUAUACGGGCACCUCCCGGAAAGUAAAGUGUCCUGAAUCUAAGGCAAGGAAGAGAAGCGCUGAGUCACUGACUUUGCAAACUGCGCAGUG